AGCGCUACUGGUACGCUAAGAAAGGUGCCAGAUAACUCCUGAAGUGAACGUAUUGAUCUGAGUGCAGUCGUGUCCCUCAGGCCUGUAUCAUGGAUGACGGUGGAUUUUGCAGUCUUUGGUGCGGCGGACGUUUACUGUAUGAUUAGCUCCCCGGGCUGUAGCAGUUGGUCGUCCUCCGUCAGAAACGCCUAGUUCCUCCCUUUUUAAAUGCCCAGAAAGGGAGGCAGACCCCUCCAGAUCACGCAGCUCCGGCCACAGGGCAAUAAAUCACCUCUCCAAGCACUGGAGACGAGGGGUUUGUGAGGACUCCAUGGACAACCAUUCACUAGCACUGCACUAGGCAUUUUGUCCUCACCGCACAGCAUCAUGGGGGAAGUAGUCCAGAUGCACUUCACCACGGUGGACUACGUGAUCUUCGCCCUGCUGCUGGUGGCGUCGACGGGCAUCGGCCUAUUCUAUGCGUUCUCGGGGGGCCGCCAGAGGACCACGCAGGAGUUCUUGCUGGCCGACCGCAGCAUGAGCUGCCUCCCUGUGUCCCUCUCCCUGCUGGCCACCUUCCAGUCUGCCGUGGCCAUCCUGGGCGCGCCCUCUGAAAUCUACACGUACGGCACACAGUACUGGUUCCUGGGCUGCUCCUAUUUCCUGGGCCUGCUCAUCCCUGCACACAUCUUCAUACCUGUGUUCUACCGUCUGCGCCUCUCCAGUGCCUACCAGUAUCUGGAGCUUCGCUUCAAUAAAACCGUGCGAAUAUGUGGCACUGUGACCUUCAUCUUUCAGAUGGUGAUCUACAUGGGAGUGGUCCUCUAUGCCCCUGCCCUUGCGCUGAAUGCAGUAACUGGGUUUGACCUCUGGGGGGCGGUCCUGGCAAUGGGACUCGUGUGCACUCUUUACACAACGCUGGGUGGCCUGAAAGCUGUGAUCUGGACGGACGUGUUCCAGACGAUCGUGAUGUUCGCUGGGCAGCUGGCGGUGAUUGUGGUGGGGGCCCACCAGGCAGGGGGUAUAAGCGAGGUGUGGAGGAAGGCACAGAACGGCAGCCGGAUCUCCGGCCUGGAACUGAACCCUGACCCGCUGGAGAGGCACACGUUCUGGACUCUGGCUGUAGGGGGAAUCUUCCUCAUGCUGGCGCUGUAUGGAGUGAACCAGGCUCAGGUCCAGAGAUACCUCAGCUCCCGCACUGAGAAAGAAGCCAUCAUGUCCUGCUACGUGGUGUUUCCAUGCCAACAGAUAGUCCUGGCACUGGGCUGCCUGAUGGGUUUGGUCAUGUAUGCCCGUUACGGGGAGGACAGCCCUCUGGACAAGGGCUACGUCAAGACCAAUGACCAGAUGGUUUUGUUCUUUGUGAUGGACGUGCUUAGAGACCUCCCUGGUUUGCCUGGACUGUUUGUUGCCUGCCUUUUCAGUGGAGCACUCAGCACAAUCUCAUCUGCCUUCAACUCCCUGGCAACGGUUACCAUGGAGGACCUGAUCAAACCCCAUUUUCCUGGCAUGGCUGAGGCUCGAGCAACCCUGCUGUCCAAAGGCCUCGCUCUCGGCUAUGGGCUGGUGUGUCUGGCUAUGGCCUACAUCGCCUCUCUGAUGGGCUCUGUGCUGCAGGCAGCACUCAGUAUUUUUGGAAUGGUUGGUGGUCCUCUUCUUGGUCUCUUCUGUCUGGGCAUGUUCUUCCCCUGGGCCAACUCCAUUGGUGCCGUGGUUGGCUUAGUGGCAGGACUCGUCAUGGCUUUCUGGAUUGGUAUUGGCAACUUCGUUGCCCGUAUGCAAGCAGCUGGCCCACCUGUGCCUGGCGUCACUGUUUUUCCUGACACGGGCAACGCAACAACUGCGGUCUUGACAACACUCAUGACUUCCGUUGCACCGAAACCCAGGCCUACUGGAGUGCAGGCCCUCUAUUCUUUGUCAUACAUGUGGUACAGUGCUCACAACUCGGCAACAGUGGUAGUGGUGGGGCUGCUGGUCAGCAUUCUCACUGGACCCUGGAAGGAGAAGGAGAUCACUCCAGGUACUGUUUUCCCUGUGCUGGGCACGUUGCUCUUCUUUCUGCCAGAACGCUAUAGAGAGAAACUGUGCUGUGUUACCCCUCUGGAGGACAAGUCCAAAGCUCUGGGCAGGCCUUACCAGAUGGCGAAGAAAGAGAGCAACGGUGUCGCCCAUUUUCAAGAUGAAGAGAAGAGUGGGGAGGAAGAGGCGGAAGAGAAGACCGCCCAGCCCUCCUGCCAGCUCGCCAGGGUGGAGCAGGAGACAGCUUUGUGAUUUGUCCCUCAAAACUUUCUGUAUGUGAAGCUACAUUCUCACCCAAAGCCCCACAAACCAAGCAGGAUAACUAUUAUGAUGCCAAAUUUCUAUGUAUAUUAACUCUUCAAAAGCCCACAGUCUCGCCUCUCUGGUCUGUGAGAGGUACUCCGGUAUGUAUUCUGAUAGCGUGGCAGGCCCGCUUGCAGUAACGUCGAACACUAAACUCAGGGUGAGGGUUUAGUGUCUGUAAAAUAUAUAUAAAUGUAGUAAUUGGACUGCUGAAAGGUCUUGAGGUGUAAAAGACAGCGGGCUCAAAUGGGUUACUCAAUUUAAAUGUUAAAAAUUCUAAAAUAAUAAGAUCAGUUACUUCACUAGAUAUGCUUACCCACACAAUUGAAAGCACUGUGAAAGAGGUCGCCCAAGACUUUCUUCAGAGAAUCAGGUAAACUUGCUGAAAAAGACACUGUAAGUAUGGUCUUAGUUUGUAAAAAAGCAAAAAAUAUGAUGGUUAAGGAACUAAAAUCCUCACUGAGGAUGAGUAUAAAGAUUUACAAAUGAAGUUAAACUCUAUAAACUAGGUUAAACGGAGUUGAGGAUCGUUAAUAAGGGGGGAUUUUUGCCCCCAAAGCCCUUUUUUUUUUUGUUUGAAAUGUAUUUACCAGGUUGUCUUUCUUCACUGCUGGACAUUAGGUUCCGUUAGCCUUUUAUACGCUGCUAUAUAGUGCAGUAACUUAGUGUCCGAACUACUGCAGCACAUGUUUAGCUUAAUAUCUGUGAAAUGCCGGAGAUUCCAAAAAUUCUUCGGUAGACGGGGGGGCUGUCGAUGCCGGUUCGUUGUUCAGUGCAGUCGAUGAGGUUUUGCAGUGCAUGUGGAAUGAUUGUUCCCUGUCUCCAAACAUCUUUGAAACCCAUUGUUAGUUGUAAGUGCCUCCUCAUAUGAUUGCACUAGCUCAUCUGUUUAGUGGCCACCCUGUACUACAUAUGAGACGCCUGGGUUAAAACGGAAAGGUGCACCUAGCGAGAAUCCAAAGGUGUGCCGUGUCUGCAUCCGUGUGUCGGUACCUCAGCUAGGUUGAUCUAGAAGUGCCCUGUUUUCUCUGUGCUUGGUUUUCAAUCUGAUCUCUACCUGCUGCACUUGUGGACUCAUUAUGUAUAAUUAGAGAUGGUUUGAUACCACUUUUUUUUUCCGAUAGUGAUAUUAAAACCUUGAGUAUUGGCCAGGACUAACAACAGUCCUGUUUAUUUUCUUCUAAAAAAUACUAAGCUGGGCUCCCAAGUGGUACGGUCAUCUUAAGCGAUGGCCCUAUCGCCAGGUAAUUGAUAGCUCGAUCCCUGGCGAUCCCUCGGUGCCUCACCCCGCCGUCACCCAGCACAGUUACUAGCCAAUGUGGAUAUCUGUUAGCUCAUGUAACAGAAAUAGCAGUGGUUUCUUGAGAGGAAAACUGCCAUUCAGUAAUGCCUUCCAGGUUUGUCGAACGCUAGCGGGUCUUCCUAAGCAAAUCCAAAAUGAAUGGGUUCGUAUGGAGCUGGAGAGAUAUAUAUAU